AUGGACACUUUCGCUACUUUUAGCCAUAAAGACUAUAGAGUAGUUGGCCGGUUCUCGAAGGAAGACGAACCAGGUCAGUCACCGAUUUACUUUAGUUUAGCCGGCAGUUUGACUCCUGUUACGAUGCUGCCACGACCCGAUCCUAGAAUGGCAGCAGUGCUAAGGGCAUUCGAAGCCCUAGGCAAUGCCCCGGAACAGACCCCGGAGGAACCUGAAAGAUAUAGGGUGACGCAAUGCUUGGAGCAGUUCACCAAGCUUAAACCACCCCAGUUCAACGGAAUUGGUGAAGCCUGCGAGGCCGAAAACUGGUUGAGGCAAAUCUUGAAGAUCUUGGAUAUCUUACGGACACCGGAGCAGUACCGUGUGUCCCUAGUUGUACACCAGCUUGUCGGGGAGGCUGACAACUGGUGGGAUACCGUCUGUAGCCUAAGGACUAUCGCUGACCUAACUUGGGCAGAGUUCGAGAAACUCUUCCUGGAGCGGUUCUUUCCACCUGUCCUGAAGGCACAAAAGAUCAGUGAGUUCUUUGCUUUGACCCAAGGAAACAAGACCACUCACGAAUAUGUUGUGGCCUUCACACGACUACUUAAGUACGUGCCAACAAUCGCAAACGAUGAUCAGAUGAAGAAACAGAGGUUCAUGGCGGGACACCGAGACUCGAUUUGA